CAAAAUCAGAAAACGAAAAAGCUAAAUCUCCUUUUCUACAGCGUCAUCUCGUUUCCUGAUACUCUUCUUUGAGAACCUCAAUCAAAGCUUAACUUUACUGUAGCAUCAAUUACUAUGGCAAUGUAGAGAGAGAAAGAUGGUAGAACGCUCGGCAUCUUCGGCAGAUGUGUCCAAGUACAAGGAGUACUUGGCGGGCUUGAUCGCCGGCGUCGCCACCGUCAUCAUCGGCCACCCCUUUGACACUGUCAAGGUGAAGUUACAAAAACACAAUACUGAAGUACAUGGUGUCAAGUAUAGAAAUGGAUUGCAUUGUGCUGCUAGGAUAUUGCAGAAUGAAGGGGUUAGGGGUCUUUAUCGAGGUGCUACCUCCUCUUUUAUAGGGAUGGGUUUUGAAAGUUCACUUCUGUUUGGCAUAUACUCGCAAACAAAGCAAUCUCUCCAGGGCAAGCUGCAAAGUUCUGGACCUGAUUCCCUAGUCAUUAUUCCAUCAGCUGCCUAUUCUGGAGCUAUAAUCAGCUUUGUACUCUGUCCUACGGAGCUAGUGAAGUGUAGGAUGCAAAUUCAAGGAACUGAUUCUUUGAUUCCCAAGGGUAGCACAUAUACCGGUCCUGUUGAUUGUGCCCUUAAGACUAUAAGAACUGACGGGGUAACAGGCAUUUUCCGUGGAGGAAUGGCAACAUUUCUAAGAGAAUCUGUGGGGAAUGCUGUUUUCUUUAGUGUUUAUGAGAAUGUCCGGCAUUCUAUGCACUUGAAACUCAAAGAUUGUUCUGGAGAAUAUAAAGGCUUGGCUGAGAUAGGGGUUGGGAUCAUCAGUGGCGGCCUAGGUGGUGUUGCUUUUUGGUCUGCUGUUUUGCCCCUGGAUAUGGCAAAAACCAUGAUUCAGACCAACCCAGAUCCAAACUACUCAAGAAAUCCUUUUCAAGUGUUGAAGCUGGUUUACAAACAAGCUGGGCUAAGAGGAUGCUAUGCUGGCUUGGGUCCAACUAUAGCUCGGGCAUUCCCAGCCAAUGCGGCAGCAAUUGUCACCUGGGAAUUUGCCAUGAAAAUUUUAGGCAUCAGACAUGAGUAAUCUUUCUACAGAGAUUCAUUUGCAGUGAACGGAAGCAGUGUGAUUUGACGGGAGGUCUAGAGUAAGGCGCAUUGAAUUGUUUGCCAUAAAAUUCAAGUAUCCAUGGUCUUUGAACUCUUCAAGGGCUUACUUUGUACUUGUUUGGCUCACACUGAGAAAAAAUUCCUUGGGAAUUUAUACUUCCAAGAGAAAUUACUUCCCUUCUGCAAUACCUAGGCAAUGACAUGUUUGGUUGGACUAAAGGAAUUCCUCGUACCCGUGAAUUUCUAUCGAUCAAGGGGGUUUAGGUAAUUAAUCACCCAUGUUUUGUGGGAAGCCGAAUUUCAUAUUAUUAGUACUAACCAAACAUGUGAAAUAACUACCCUAAACUGUUUACAUAAAUUUCUACUUCCCCA